GACACAUUUCCUUUCGACGCUUAGCUUCAGCGAUCUGUGCUGAGGGUAGCAUGUAACCUAGUUACAAGAAUAUCGUAAAAAUGGAUAGUCCUCUCUUCAUGGUUUUUACGUUUACGCUACUGGCUUUAUCUGGUAUGUUGGUCCUUCUCCCGACAGACGGAUUCCUGAUCCUCCAUGCUGGCAAGGAACAGUGCCUGCUGGGCAAAAACCUGACGGUGUUGGUUGGCCCAUGCAAACUGACCAGCCCGUCGCAACAGUGGCAGUGGACGGAGCAGAGGAAGCUGCGCCUCCGGCAGGUAGACCCGAAGGUAGACCGGUGCCUGGCUACGGUCAACACGACUCGGCGGCAGUUCCGCAACCUGGCGCUGCAAGAGUGUGCCCAGGCGCCUCGCUGGGAGUGCGAGGAUGAGCUGCCGGGCAGCCUCGGGGUCGCCCAUCCCAGAAUGUUCCUCAAGAAGUGGGGCUACUUGGCGGUGGUGACGGCCGAGACGAAGUACCAUGACAGCUGGCUCAAGUACGAGCUCGGGGAGCGUGGGGAGCCCGUUAAACUCAGCUUGUGCUCAACACAAGUAGCUUUUCAAGCCAGUUCUUUAAAGGGGGAUCCACCAUCAUUUCGAGCAAAUAACGUCAAGUGGGGCAAUGAUAUCACACGAGUUACUGAACAACCAAUUGAGCUGACCACAGAGAGUUCAUCAUUCUCACCGCCAAGCUCAUCUUCAGGAUCAGAAGAUUCCUGUUCUACAAUGACUUGUUUUUACAAUCAAACUGAGAAGUAUGGGAUUGUGAAGGCUGAGAGAUGCGCGGUUAAUGUGACGGACAUCAGACAGACCGGGGAUACCGUUCACCUUCAGUGGAACAGCCCGGGGAAUGCCUGCAACUUCAGCGUGGCUUACAGAUGGAAUCAGUCCUGGGUGGAGAGCUGCAACCCAGCUCUGUACAGCGGAGCUGCCUACGAGUGUGAGGUGAACGAGCUAGAGGCAGGCACAUUACACCGGCUCCAGAUUGUGUCGCUUGCUGACGGGCUAUCGGCAAAUGUAACAGCGCAGACAGAUCCCAAACCACCCCAGAGCCUUGGAGUGAUCAAAAGUAGGACAACCUCCACAAGUCUCCACGUCUUUUGGACUCCAGGACCUGGGAAUGUUGAUUUUUAUGAAGUCAGUUUAUUUGGAAUGGACAAUAGAGAAACUCAGAAUCUCCGCAUCCCUGGGAGCUCCCACAGUAAAGAAGCCUCUUUUCUAACACUGAUACCAGGUAGCAGGUAUCGCUUUACUAUAAAGGCACUUGCUGGAAACAAGAGCUGUGAUGGACCCCGCACUUUUGGAUACACAUUUCCCUCCAGGGUGAAGGAUAUCCAUAUUUCAAGGGAGCCAGACAGUCUCACCACAGUCUGGAUUCCUGGCCCUGGGAAAGUGGACAGCUUCAGACUGUCUCUGAGCGACAAGGGAAAUGUGGUCCGGCAGAGCACUUUCUCCAACUCGACCAACCGUCACACAUUCAGGGGUUUAACAGCCGGCAGAGUCUACAAUCUCACCGUGAUCAGUGUAGUGGGAGAGCUAGAGACCAUCAGCUCAAAAUCCGUGCAGACAGCUCCAGCAGAGGCUACCUCUGUGGUCGUGUCAAAUAACGGCAGCAGCGAUAGCCUCCUGGUUUCUUGGAAGAGAGCUGUGGGAGAUGUGGAUUCAUAUAAUGUCACGCUGUCUUAUCGGAGAACUGUUAAAGAAACCAAGAGUUUGCAGUCAAGUACAUCUGAGGUUGUUUUUCGAAGGUUAACUCCAGGGCGUUUAUAUAACAUCACUGUCAAAACCAUCAGAGGAAAUCUGCAGGCAGUAGGUGCAAGUAGUGGCAGAACUGUUCCUUCAAGUGUGCCCAGUGUGAUGGUGAAUAAUCAUGGUCGCAAUGAUUACCUUCUGGUUUCCUGGCUACCUGCAUCUGGGGAUGUGGAUAGUUAUCUUGUGACAUUGUCCCACAAUGGAAAAGUUGUCCAGUCUCACACAGUCUCCAAAACCAGCUUCGAGUUUCCCUUCGGUUCCCUCACCCCUGGAAGGCUGUACAAUGUGACUGUAAUGACCAGAAGUGGGAGAUAUGAAAACCACACUGUUACACAACAGCGGACACAACCCUCAGUUGUACAAAGAAUCACAGUUAUCAACUCUGGAAAAAGUGACUAUCUGAAAGUAUCUUGGUUGGAUGCAUCAGGGGAUUUUGACUAUUAUAUAGUAACUAUCAAAAACAGUUACAACUUCAGCAAAAGCUUAGAGGUUCCAAAGUCUGAAAACGAAUGCAUAUUCCUCAAUUUAAUUCCAGGACGGCUUUACAGCAUCACUGUUAGCACCAAGAGUGGGAAAUAUGAAUCUCAUCAUGUUGCCACUGGAAGAACAUUUCCGGCUGCCGUUGGCUCUCUAACCGUGGCUGAUAGGAGCACAGAUACUCUGAACGUUACCUGGGAAGCAGCUGCUGGUGACGUGGAUCGCUAUGAGAUUCAGCUCCUGUUCAAUGACAUGAAUGUUUUCCUUCCAAUAACACUCAGCAGCACAUCACAUCAAUUUACUUCCUUAACCCCUGGACGUCUUUACAAAAUCCUAGUCUCCACGUGGAUCGGGACUCUACAACGUGCUGCCUUCAUCGAAGGACGCACAAUACCCAGUGCAGUUAAAAAUAUCCAUGUUUCAAAUAAUGGAGUGACAAAGGGCCUGAAGGUGAACUGGUCUCCUGGAGGAGGUGACGUGGACAGCUAUACUGUGAUCUUAUCUCACAAAGGCCAUCAGGUCUCUGCCCGCCCUAUUCCAAAACACCAGCAUGAACACACCUUUUAUGAUCUAGAGACGGGAGAGCUCUACCAUGUAUUAGUUCGGUCAAUUAGUGGCACCUUCCAUAACAAUGCAACAGCGUUUGGACGCACUGUCCCUGCCUCUGUGUCAGACUUAUCUGUUGAAAACAAACAUACUACCUCCACCCUGGCAGUUUCUUGGCAGCCAGCCACUGGCAUCUCAGAGGGUUAUACACUGCAACUCCUUAAUGAACAAGGAACUCAAAUGCUCGCAAACGUUUCUGUGCCAGCUGCCAGAAGAGGCCAUAAGUUCAUUGAUCUGACUCCUGGCAAGAAGUACAAGAUUCGUAUCUUCACUGUAAGUGGAGGUUUGUACAGCAUCGGAACAGACCGAGAGGGAAGAACAGUUCCAGCUGCAGUCACAGACCUGAUGUUGCAUGAGAACAGCGUUGAGACUCUAUCAUUCAACUGGACCAAAGCAGAGGGAGAAUGUGACUCCUAUGAAAUAUACCUCUACAAUUCGGACAAGACACUUCAUGACAGGAAAUCUGGCACUCAAAAUCUUGAAGAGUGUUCCUUCCAGAACCUGACACCAGGCAAAAUGUAUAAGCUUGUGAUAGUCACUCACAGCGGAGAUUUAACAAAUGAAUCCUCUAUUUUUGGAAGGACAGUUCCAGCUGAGGUUACCCAUCUGCAAUGGAUGAACAUUAACCAGACUGACAGCUUGUUAUUCACAUGGACCCCAGCUUUGGGGGAGUUUGAUUCCUACAACAUAUCACUUUAUAAUCCAAAUGGUACUGUUCAAAGCAAUAUAUUUGGAAAGAAAGACAUGAAGGAAUGCAACUUUCAGGACUUGAUCCCUGGUAGGAUUUAUCGCAUGGUGAUAGUAACACAAAGUGGAGAAUUGAGCAAUAAAGCUUCUACGGAGGGAAGGACAGCCCCCAGACCUCCAGGAUCAGUAUCUUUCGCUGAUGUUACAAACACUUCAUUGGUCAUCACAUGGUUGGGCCCUCCAGAUGGGACAGAUUAUGAUGACUUUGAGCUGCAGUGGACUCCAAAAGACUCUCGGGUUGUUGUUUUUAAUCCAUACAACACCAUGAAAUCAAAAGGACGAAUCAUACAGAAACUCCAUCCGGGACGUCACUAUACCUUCGUGGUGCGCACUGUCAGUGGGAAAUCAUUAACAUCCUUUAGUGAACCUGUUCAAGCUCCAAUCAGAACAAGGCCUGACAAAAUACAGCACAUCAGGUGUCGACCUCAGAGUUCCACUGCAGUCUCGUGCUCCUGGACACACCCUGACUCGGACUACGAUGGCUAUGAUGUUAAAUGCUACCACUAUGACAAAAAAGAAUUGGUAUAUUCACGAAGAGUUGAAAAAGAAUUAGUUCAAUACAUCAUCAAGGAACUAGAGCCAGACAAGAAAUAUUUAGUGGCUAUAAAAGUAAUCUCUGAUAAAAUGACCAGUGAUGCUGUUGAGGACAGUGUUAUUACCAUGAUUGAUAGUCCACCUCCUCCACCGUCACAUAUCCGAGUCGAUGACAAAGCAGUUGUCAUUACCAAAUCCACCAUACAUUUUAAUUUUAAUUGUAGUUGGUUCAGUGAUGUCAAUGGAGCCAUAAAGUACUUCACUGUCAUAGUGUAUGAAUCAGAAGGUACCGAAAACACAAAGCCAGUAAAACAGCACCCCUUGCCAUCUUACCUGGAAUACAAACGGAACAGCUCAGUCCGACACUAUCAGACAAAUUAUUUCUCAAGCAAAUGUGCAGAAAAUCCUGAUGGCACAUUGCAGACCUUUGAAAUAAAAGUUGGAGCUCAGAUGGACAGGUUGGGAGGGAAGUGUGAGAAGGAUCAGAAAACAUUCUGUGAUGGACCUUUAAAAUCUAGAACGUCUUACAGAAUCAGUGUGCGUGCCUUCACUCAGCUAUUUGAUGAAGACAUGAACAAUCCAUUGUUUUCAGAUACCUAUUUCUCUCUGCCUAUCACUACUGAGGCAGAACCUCAUCUUGGCGUCAUAGAAGGAGCAAGUGCUGGUGUGUUCCUGAUUGUUGUCCUUAUUUCAGUCAUGGCUAUAAUCGUUUGCAGGAGGAAAGUGAAGCCAGCGAGUUCUGAAUCUAAACCAGCAUCAAAGACAAAAGACAGGCUAUCAUCUGUCAAUGUUCCUCUUGUGCAGGGAAGGCAACCUCCAAUUUCCAGAGAAAUUAAGACAAACCAGUUCGAAAACCAAUUUACCAAACUUCAAGCAGAUUCCAGCUAUCUUCUGUCUGAGGAAUAUGAGGAUUUAAAAGAUGUUGGAAGAAACCAGUCUUUUGACACAGCACUUUUACCUGAAAAUAGAGGAAAAAAUCGAUACAACAAUAUUCUGCCUUAUGACUCAACGAGGGUGAAAUUAACCUACAUUGAUGAUGACCCUUGUUCAGACUACAUCAACGCCAGUUACAUACCAGGAUGCAACUUUCGAAGGGAAUACAUUGCCACACAAGGCCCUCUACCUGGUACCAAAGAUGACUUCUGGAAAAUGGUUUCGGAACAAAAUGUUCAUAAUAUUGUCAUGGUCACACAAUGCGUAGAAAAGGGAAGGGUAAAAUGUGAUCAUUAUUGGCCCUUUGACCUUGACGCUUUGUAUUAUGGAGAUCUCAUUGUUCAGAUGCUGUCAGAAUCAGUCUUACCAGAAUGGACAAUCAGAGAAUUCAAAAUUUGUAAUGAGGAUCAAUUGGACUGUGCUCGAAUUGUUCGUCACUUUCACUACACUGUUUGGCCAGAUCAUGGUGUACCAGAAACAGCACAAUCUUUAAUCCAGUUUGUACAAACCGUGAGAGAUUAUAUUAACAGAACACCAAACUCUGGACCCACAGUUAUACAUUGCAGUGCUGGAGUUGGUCGGACAGGCACAUUUAUUGCUUUAGACAGAAUCCUUCAGCAGUUGGAGAACAAAGACUCUGUCGACAUUUAUGGAACAGUUUAUGACCUGAGGCUUCACAGGGUUCAUAUGGUGCAAACUGAGUGUCAAUAUGCAUACUUACAUUUGUGCACAAGAGAUGUUUUAAGGAGUAGAAAGCUACGAGGUGAACAAGAAAAUCCAUUGUUUCCAAUAUACGAGAAUGUCAACCCAGAGUAUCAUAGAGACUUUCUGUUUGGACGCCACUGAAGAAUGUAGAGAAAUUGUCUUCUGAUGUAAUGAACCUCAUCUGCAGUACUGCUGAAGAUGCACUAAGUAAAUAUUAGGUCUGGCAUUUCAUGGUGUGCAUAAUUUAUUUGCCUGGUAUUCAUUUUGGGUAAUUUGUAAUUUAAUUGUAUUAGAGAUUAUUGUAUAUACUUAUAUAUUACAAAUAAAUAUUUCUUAUAUUAUGUAUAUUUUUAAAACUGAUGAAUUAUGUAUUUUAUUUUACUUAUUAUAGAAUUUAUAUUGUAAGUAAAAACAAAUCUUAUGAUUUUGUUUAUUAAUUACUUUGAUUUUUAAAGAGAUUUAUAUUCACAAUGUAAUAUUCUCUACUAUACAAAUUGUUUUAAAUGAGUACAGUUGACAUUUGGAAGGAAAAUUGUAACUGGAUGUACUUGAAAGAUAGUGUGCUGACACAUUGAGUCCUUACACUGGAGAGAUAUUUGAGGACUAAAGAGUUUGAAUAAAUCUUAUGGUUCAGCUUUGAA